CUGGAGUCAUGGUGGUUGAGCCAUCAGAAAAAGUUUUUAAUGAUAUGAUGAGCAAGGUGACCACUUUGCCUUCUUACACUGGAGGUGAUCAAGGUUUUCUCAACUCCUACUAUGUUGGAUUUGCGAACGCUCAUAUUUAUGAGCCAAAUUUGUCUUCAGAUAUCUUAAAUUCUAGGAAGGUUCCUGAAAUAAAGAGACUUUCUACUCUUUACAAUGCAGAUGUUGGACUCUAUAUGAUUGCUAAUAAGGUAUCUUUUAGGUUCAAGAGACUGCCUUUCUUUGAGUGUGUUUUUAGUUGGGUGGGUGUGUAGGCUUUAGAUUUUAUCAAAACUGGACAAAAUACAAUUAGUUGGAGUGUUC